AGCUGCACAGGGGAGUACAUAGCAAAGGCUGCCUGAUCACUGGUGCUGUCAGCAAGCUCUUGAAUCAGCCAUCGGGGGCUGCCUUCUCAGCUCCUGUUUUAAGAAUUCAUUUCUCUGUGGAGAACAAACAAAGAGCCAAGGAUGGGGAUGAAAUCCAAGAAAGGGUGUAAUUUUAAAAGCUGUUUUAAGAAGAACUGGCUUCUUAUCACAACGGUGGUUGCUGUUAUUUUAGGUAUUGGAUUGGGAGUCCUAGUCCGUGAAUAUGCCAGACUCUCAACUCUGGACAAGUUCUACUUUGGAUUUCCGGGAGAGAUAUUAAUGCGAAUGCUAAAAUUAAUCAUCUUGCCUCUUAUCAUAUCCAGCAUGAUUACAGGAGUGGCUGCAUUAGAAUCCUCAGUUUCUGGCAAAAUCGGAUUACGUGCAGUUGUCUAUUACUUCUCAACAACAAUUAUCGCUGUUAUCCUAGGAAUUGUGUUAGUGAUGACCAUCAAACCUGGCAUGUCUCAAAAUGCAGAUGACAUUGACAGAACUGGUUCUACUCCAGAGGUCACCACAGUGGAUGCCUUGUUGGACCUAAUUAGAAACAUGUUUCCAGAAAAUCUCAUGCAGGCUUGUUUUCAACAGUACAAAACAAAGCGUGAAGAAUUAAAACCUGAACCCGCAGUGAACUUUACUACCAUGUCACCUGUGACGGUUGUCAUGACAACUGCUUUACCGGAGAAUAUAACUGAGAACUAUAAAAUAGUGGGCCUGUACUCAGAUGGAAGUAACGUGCUGGGACUCAUCGUUUUCUGUCUCGUCUUUGGGAUUGUUAUCGGUCAAAUGGGAGAGAAGGGGCGCGUUCUGGUGGACUUUUUUGAUGCCAUAAACGAGGCCACCAUGAAAAUAGUACAGAUCAUCAUGUGUUACAUGCCGAUUGGAAUAUUCUUCCUAAUUGCUGCCAAGAUAAUUGAAGUUGAAGACUGGGAUAUCUUCCGGAAGCUAGGAUUGUACAUGGUGACUGUAUUGACCGGGCUUGCAAUUCAUGCCACUGUUUUCCUUCCACUGUUAUAUUUCUUAAUUGUGAGGAAAAAUCCAUUAACGUUUGCCAUGGGGAUGGCUCAGGCACUACUGACAGCUCUCAUGAUCUCCUCCAGUUCAGCAACCUUGCCUGUGACUUUCCGAUGUGCGGAAGAAAACAACAGGGUAGACAAGAGGAUCACACGUUUUGUGUUACCGGUGGGGGCCACAAUCAACAUGGAUGGAACUGCACUCUAUGAAGCAGUGGCUGCCAUAUUUAUUGCACAACUUAAUAAUUAUGCACUGGAUAUUGGCCAGAUUGUAACUGUCAGUAUAACAGCAACAGCAGCUAGCAUUGGAGCAGCAGGAGUCCCCCAGGCUGGCAUGGUUACCAUGGUGAUUGUCUUGUCUGCAGUGGGAUUACCAGCUAAUGAUGUCACACUAAUCAUGGCAGUGGAUUGGCUGCUGGAUCGGUUUCGGACCAUGAUAAACGUGCUGGGUGAUGCAUAUGGAGCAGGCAUCGUGGAGAAACUCUCCAAGGAGGAGCUGGAAAGGAUGGACCUCUCGUCUGAUUUGGAAGUUAUCAACCCGUUUGCUCUGGAAUCAGACACAAUGGAUGAGGAGGAACAGGAGAAAAAGACCUAUAUAAAUGGAGGCUUUAUGGUGGAUAAAACUGACUCUAUUUCAUACACAGAGUCAUCUCAGUUAUAGUGAAAAUUGAGUCAAAAUGAUUUAGGGUUAAUAUUAAAAAAAAAAAAAAAAAAAAAAAAGAAACCGGCUAGGUUUCAAGAUGCAAAUGUUACUUUUUUUUUCAUGUUUGACAGUAAUCAGCUUUAAUUUCAGUGCCACCAUGUGGGAGGAUUAUAAAUACAAAUGACUGUAAAACAGCCCCAGGGUCCUUUUGGCUGUAUUAUUUGAUGGGUGUGGAUAAAAUGUAAUGCACUGUGCAUUUGUGCCAAAAAUUGUAGUGGAUUUCAGGUGACACCAAUGCUAUAAAUACAGGUUCAAAAUUUCUGACUGUUGAAAUUCAAAUUAGAUGAUAGCUGAGAUAUAGGUUUGUGGCCAUCUGUCUGGCUGGAACAAGAAGGAACACGAAAACUUUUCAUAAACCCUGAUACGGAUAGGAGCCCAGUUAGCAAGUAAAUAUGAAAGGUUUCAUUUGCAACCCGAUGAUCCGCACAUCUAUUGAAUACAAUAUAUACUGUUGAAGUUUUCGCCGCCUUUGAUGUAUGCUCUCCUCUCCUGAUAUAACCAUUUGUGCAUAGUAUAGUGUGCCAACAGUAUGGAGAAUUUUCAAAAUAGAAAGGUCACCAACUACACACUCAAAUCGGACUGGAAGCCUGCAUUUCUUUAAAACAGAUUAGGAAUAUUAUAAUGAGAAAGAGAUAGUAUUUGUCAUUUUCCUAAUUUCCUCUCCUUCCCCCUCUCUCCCCCGUUUGUUUAAUUGGUCAUAUCAAACGCAACAAAAUUAUGCUGGUUAUGGUGAUGACUUUAAAAUGUGAUGCUAUCCAAACAAAAAUAAAUACCUAGAAGUAUAACAUACAGAAGACUAGAACCCAAAGAUCAUCAACAUAAGAGGGGCUUAUGAUAAUAUUGCUAGUUCUUUUUUUUUCAGACCAAUUGUUUAUCAGUUUUUGAAAACAGAAUAUACAGAAUGUCAUAUUCGUACAACAGAAACUGUGUAAUAUAUCUACCCCCUCCCCUCCCAGUAAUUAAACAGUAAUUAUAUAACUGACUACAUGUACUUGAAUGUACUUCUUUUAGAUUUUUUUUUUUUAAAACCAGGGGCCAAUUAAAGCAUUGGCGUAUAAGAGGCUAAAUCAGUUUGUACCUUGUUGUAUAGAGUUUAAUAACAGGGACACCCCUGCAGCAGUUUCCUUCCAUGUCUCCAGUGUGGAUGACUUCAUUGUGUUUAUCCUGGCGAUGGAGAGCUCAAACAGAAUGAUGUCUUUACAUUUAAAUAGCCAUUGCCGCCAGGAUAACUAGUGAGGAGGGAGCCAAUGCUGAACUAUAAUGUUUUUUUUCCCACCGUUAUUCCAGCCACCCGGAUCUUAUGCUGGAGCUCAGAUAAAUUAAGUUUAGUGUUAUCAUUUAAUCAAUAAAAGAAAGGGUUCCAGGAGCAAAUCCUCGUCAAGCAAAUUGGACAAAGUAGAGGCCCCAUGAAAAUGUGCCAGGUUCACUCAGGGAGCAGAAUCUGCAGUGUGGGUUCGAGAUAAUACCCACAAGGAAGCUUCUAUUGGGGGGUCAAAUCAGAUCUAUGACAGACCUUAAGGUGGAUUAAUUGGUGAUUAGGCUUUUUGGCAGCUCCAAAUAUAUUAUCCAAAACUGCUUCCCAAUCAGCAUGUCUGUCAGUUGUUGCCAGGUCUCUUUCCCAUAAAAUGGUUACAGUUGGUGGUUUAUAGGAGGCUUUGAGUAAGUGUAAAUAGAUCUCAGAGACAAUUCCCUUGGAACAGACCCUUGUGGUGAUCCAGUUUAUCAUAGGACACAGCUGCAGUUCUGACCCCCAGGGCACAGCGAAGUCCGAGGUAGAAAAAAAACAAAACAGAUAAAUCAAAAGAGGAACAUUAUUCUUGGAAUCUGAAGAGAACAUCUUAUUAAAUAUAUCUUUUUUAGAACAGAAGGUCUGAGCACCAGAAAGAAGAGCUUUGCUAUGGUGGAGUGUAGAUGCCAUAUCAUUUUGUGUCCCAUUUGCUUUUCCCACUGCUCUAAAGCAUGCAAUCGAAAAGCACAUUUUUUAGGUGUAAGCCCCACAAAUAAAACAUCUUGUAGUCUGAUGGGUGAGACCAAAGCUUACUUAUUUGCUCACCAGGGCACAGUAGACAGCGGAACCAGCAAGAUCUUCAGAGGACUAAUUAAAAGGCCCAGUGACACAGUUUGAAGUUUGGGGCUGCUAAGCCCUCAGCUGAUUUAGCAUGUUGUAAUGUUGUUAAUUUAAUCUGUGAUUGUUUAUCGUCACACAGAAAUUUCUGAAUGAAAGAAUCAAGCUUUACCCAGUAACCUGAAGUGGGAGGCAGCGGUAUCAUGGAGCUCACAAAGUUAACAUGGUGGAGAUCAUUCAUUUUAACAGUAGAGAUCCAGGCAUGUAAAAAGAUGGGCAUUAGUGUCCACCAGCGCAUGUCUUCACAAACUCCCUUUAAGGUUUUCAGAUUUUUCUUCGCAGUUGUUUGCAGGGUGGGGUAAAUAUCGAUACCAAAAUAAGUAAAUGGCUUUUUAACAGGAAUAAUGGAUGGUAAGGGAACCUUACCAGUGGCAGCAUUGAGGGGCGUUAGGGCAGAUUUAGACCAAUUCAUUUUAUAACCAAACCAAGCGCUGAAUUUGUUGAAAGCUGACAGGAUUGUGGGUGAGAGUGUUGAGUUCCUUGUUUGCACAGGCAAUAGAGCCUGCUUGUUUUGCACCCCGGAGAACAGUUUGGCGAUCAUUGUAGUGUUGACGUCUGUUUUAAGUGACUGCACCGCAUCCUUGGUCUCCUGGAGCAUACCGUUUAAUUUCUCUACAGCUUGGCUCACAAUGUUGAUAAUGAGUCUUGAGGGAGCUUUGCUGUUUAACCAGCGCUUCAAAAAUGGCGCAGGUCGCACAAGCCUCAGAAAGUUUCUGAGAAUGUUUUUUUGAGGUCCAGGCAUCUUUAGUGAAAGGAGGAUGUCGAAGAAAAAGGGGAAAAUGGAAUUAGGGAUUUGGAGCUCUAGUGAACAGCAGCCAUUAGCUCCAGUGGGUCACGUGAUCUUCUAAUAUUGCUAGAUUGCUAGGUUUAAUGAUAUGCAACUGUGGCAGGCUGGCGAGUGGAAAGAGGCCCAGAGACAGACUGCAGUUCAAAAAAAUAACUAUUUUAUUAUAA